AAUUCUUACUUUUUGUUGUUUUCUCUUGAAAUAAUUUUAAUGCAAUAAUUUAAACAUGGUUUGUAUUUGUUAAAAAAAUAAUAUUUGGCUGUGUACACUAAAAAAAUUACGUUGCAUUUUUAAAGCUUGGUCAAUUGCUUUGAAAAGUGUUGCUGUUAGAAAAAAAUAAAAUAUGAAUGUGACAUUUUAUACUUCUCCGGCGUAUUCAAAUACACUUGGUGAAUUUUGGCAAACAAAAGUUGAAUUAGUUGGUUAUAUUAUUGUAAUAUUUUUGGUAAUUAUUUGGUGUCGCAUCAAAUGGAAUCGUAGGUUUAUUGAUAGAUUUGCGGCUAAGAUACCGGGGCCUCCAUCAUAUCCAUUAAUUGGUUCAGGACUAGAAUUUAUUGGAAGAUCACAAGAUAUUAUGGAAAAAUUUAUUAAGUUAAAUGAACAGUACGGCCCGGAACCAUUUAAAAUCUGGUUAGGUUCUUCACUUGUUUUAAAUGUUACAAAGCCAGAAUAUAUACAAAUUAUACUAAAUAAUUCUAAUAUUUUGGAUAGAGGUAAAUUAUCCGAUUUUUUGAGUUGUGUUCUUGGAGAAGGACUGCUUACUGCUUCUGUUCCUACAUGGAAAAUGCAUCGACGAAUUAUCUCUCCUUUUUUUAACAGUUCUCACAUUAAUAUACUUAUGCCAAUUUUCAAUGAAAAAUGUACAAAAUUCAUACGGAAUCUUAAAAAAGAACUAAGAAAUCCUGAGUCAUUUAAUAUUUGGGAUUAUGUUGUUUCUCUUUCUUUUGAUACAAUAUGUGAAACAGCACUGGGAUAUCGUCGUGGUACGCAAGACAACGACAAAUCUGAAUAUUUGGAUUCAAUGACAAAAAUUACAGAGCAAGUUAAUGCAAGAUUUACUAAGCCAUGGCUUUAUCCAGAUAUUAUUUUUAAUAUUUAUGGGAAAAUUACAGGCUUGAAUCAAAUGUAUGAAAAUUUAAUUAAAUUUACCGACAAAAUAAUUAAAGAAAAAAAAACCCAAUAUGCUCAAAAGAAGAAACCCGACCACAGUUCUUUAAACUUGACCAGAAAUGGAAAAAAACAAAGAAAAGUAUUUUUAGAUGCAUUGUUGGAGUUAAAUGAUGAAGGAGCAAAUUUUUCAAAAAAAUAUUUAAGAGAUGAAGUUUUAACUAUUAUGUCUACAGGCAGUGAGUCUAUUUCCUUAACCACAUGUUUCUGUAUUUUAAUGUUAGCUAUCCAUCAAGACAUACAGGAAAAAGUUUAUGAUGAAAUCUACCGAAUAAUGGGAGGAGGUGAUCGAAUAGUAACAAUUGAAGAUACGGUUAAGUUUGUAUAUCUGGAACAAUGUAUCAAGGAAACUCUUCGAUUGUACCCCGUUGGACCAGUAAUACUAAGACAUCUUCAUGAUGAUAUCAAAUUAAGUAACUACACAAUUCCAAAAGACACUACUAUUUUUAUACCAAUAUUAGUCACUCAUCGUUUAGCAGAAUUGUAUCCAAACCCCUUGGAAUACAACCCAGAUAAUUUUGAUCCAGAAAAAGUUGUUAAUAGACACAAGUAUAGUUUUAUUCCAUUUAGUGAUGGACCUAGGAACUGUAUAGGACAAAAGUAUGUAAUGCUAUUGAUGAAAGUUUUGCUAUCAACAUUUUUGCGUAACUAUAGUGUACAUACUAAAUGCAAAAUGUCUGAUAUAAAGUUGAAACUCGAAUUAGCAAUAAAAAACGUUCAUGGAUAUCAAGUAACAAUACGCCCAAGAGACAGAACACCAACUUAAAACGUAAAAUUAAAUUUAAAAAAAACAUUUUAAUUUUUCUAAUUAUUACCAAGUUAUAAAGAUAAAAAUUUUAGUAUGAGUAAUUAUUUAAUUAUUUAUUUUUUAGUAAUCAUUUAAUUAGUAGUUAUUUAAACAUAGAGAAUUGUGGUAUGUAUCGCAAGUGGAGUAUGUGUAUUAAAUAUACACCAAUACGAGCUGUGCCCACCUACACACUGGCAUAAUUAUGAGAGGAUAUGGAUGUUUAACCCCCUUUAUGAGAAAAGUAUUUUUAUUACGAAGAUAAUGUUUUUUUUUUUU